GCUCGUCAUCGCCACCAACCUUGACAACCGACGCGAGCUAUACCCACAGGAGCACAGAUGGAAUUUUGAGUGAACUCCGCAGCGAGAAAGACCAACAAGGGCCGGUGGCUCCAGCUGUGGCGGCGCUCUACAUUGAAGAGGAGAAGACGAACGACCUGCCAUUAAAGAAGACGAGGUCGGAAAUGGGCGAAUCUCGCCACCGACAAGCUCCGUUUGCGAAAAAAGGAGAGGCCGGCGAAUCUCUCUCUCUUCCUCUAUUGCGAGCGAGCCCCAGCCGCAGUGGAAGACGAAGUCGCCGAAGAAGCAAGCGUCAAAAAAGGUGUUGAUGCCGUCGAAGGAUGAGACCAGAUCUGACGGGGAAGCGAAACUCAGCAACCGCGAUGAGACAGAUCUGGCGACGGUGGAAGGUUCGUCGAAGAGAAAGACGCUGGAGAAGGAGUGCUUUGCUGGCGGCGUUCAACGCCGAGAAGCCGAGUCGGAGACACGGCCGGACUUGCACAGCUCGGUGUGUGGUCUGCUGGGUGGGUCGCCGUACCCUCGGCUUGGUGUAACUCCGCCGAGAAAGGAGACUACCGAUUACGAGUCGCAGUCCGCUGAGAAGCUGGCAAUGAGGACGGAGAAGCUGUCGGUGGGGAAGGAGUUGAGGACGACGGCAGGUUUGGGGAGGCCGUCGUGCCGUCGGCGGAAUAACGCACCACCAGAGAAAGAAUCAAAGAGGAAGAAGGUUGGCGGCCGCGUCUCUUCCUCUGCAACUCUAGGUCACCCCAACCAGCUGCUAGAAUCCUUGGGCCGCAGGUCUGAUCGGGUCGCUGGGCCGGACUGGUCGCAUGGGCUCGUGGGUGUUUCAUUGGGCCAUGUGCAGUUGAGCCGAGUAGAGAGGCACUGUUGGGCUGGUCAGAGGUGGAACAACAAUAGCCUCGAGUUGGGCCAGAUGCUUUAGCAGAGCGGGCCAUGUCUUGAGACUAAUUGGACUGAGGAAGAGACUGGUUACGGCCGAGCGAGCCCAACGGGUUUGAUAGAGAAGUUAGAUUGCGUUUAGGAAGUCCUUUGAAGAAUGAAGGAUGGGAGGAAAAGGAAGAGUGGGUUCUUAAUCUUACCCUGGCAUAUGGGCAUACAAGGGAAUCAAGCCCAAAAGAAUGAAGGAGGGGAACACAAAGAGGCUUGAUAAUGAUUUGGGCCACACCUCUUUCUUCAAAUCAAAUGAAGGCCUAGUCCAAGG